AUGAAUAGAAAAUUUCGUUGUGGUCGUUUAAUAUUAACAAAUAAUGGUAUAAUAAAAAAACUUGAACUUUCAAAAGGUGGUGGUUCUCGUUUUUGUACUUGGGAUGAUAAAGAAAUGGAUUUUAAAACUGUUCAUCGUCGUCUUCUCAAUAUUUUCGAAUUGGACAAUUCUAAAUGUAAAACAUCAUUGUACGAUUUUAAAUAUCAUCCAUUAGAUAUUAAUACACAUAAAAAUUUUUCCCAAUAUAUUGAUAAAUACGGAUUGAAUACUAAUAGUACUAUUAUUUAUUUAUUUACUAGUGAAACUUAUAAUGAUCAACCACCAAUACUAAUGACAAAAAUUGAAGACACAGUUGUAACGAAAACAACAACAACAUCUAAGCAAAAACAAUCAACAUUAAUAAAAACUAGCUCAUCAAUAACAUCUAUAAAAAAUGAAAAACUUUUAAAAAAACAACAGUUACAUAAAUGUUCAUUAAAAUUUGGAUUUAAAACUUCCAUCAAUAAUUUAAUUGAAAAAAUCGAUAGUUUAAUCAAUGAAAAUAAUUCCGAUGAAAUAUUUAUUCAACUCUCAAAAAAUAUUUCAACAAUAAAAGGUUAUAUUUUUUCAACAAUUAAUACAAUACGAAAUAAACUGCGACGACCAAAUAGACUUAUUCAAUUAGUGAAUAAAAAGGAAAGUUUAUUAUACUCAAAUGAUAUUAAUUAUACUUAUAAUAUAUGUCAAUCGACGAAAGAAUUACUUUUAUUGAACAAGAAAAAAUUUUCUCAUAUUGAAACAUUUUCAACAAUUAUUUGUUUAUUUUCUCAAUUUUUUAGUAACUUAAAGAAUCUUCGUAAUCAAUGGUUAGAGAAUAUUGAAACAAUAUCUUCUCAUUCGCAUAUUCAAUCAUCAUCUCAAAAUCAUCGUGAAGUACAGAAGAUUCUAUAG